AGAGUAAAUGUGACAGCAUCUGAUUGUUAGCCUUCUAAUAGAAAAUAUAAUUAUUAGUAUUGAGAGAAAUAAUGAUUCAGUUGCACGGUAGUAACGUAUUAAAAAGCUUGAUAUUAUAUGUCAUAUUAUUAUGUAUGGACCCCACAGUUUGCAAUAGCACCAAGGAAGAUCUGGUAGAAUAUUCACCACCUCAAUAUCCAACAAAUCUACUACAAAAUGAUUGGUCACAAAGAAAAUUAAAGUGUUCGCCGGCUGAAAAGCAAUUUUAUAGAAAAAUUUACGAUCUUGAAGUUUACCAAGAUGAUGUGUGGCUGGUGACAGUACCAAAAGCUGGCACCACUUGGAUGCAGGAAUUGUUGUGGUUGGUAAUGAACGAGUUUGAUUUCGAAAAAGCCAAAGAGGAACACUUGGAAUUAAGAUCACCAUUUUUAGAAUUUGAUUAUUAUUAUAUGUCCAACGAUUUGACGACAUGCUUUCAGCGAGUGGAACAACUUAAACGACCACGUUUGAUAAAAUCUCACUUAAGUCUGCCGUUUUUGCCACAUCAAGUGUGGCAUAAAAAACCUAAGGUGAUUUAUGUUGCACGCAAUCUAAAGGAUGUCCUUGUAUCUGGUUACUACCAUACACGUGCCAUUGGUAUGACUUCGGAAGACACCACCCUGGACCAAUAUGUGACCGAAAUGAUGGAGGACAAUAUGUCAGAGGAGGAUUUUUUCCCUCAUAUCAUGGAGUUUUAUGCAUUGCGAAAUCAGUCAUGGGUCUUCUAUACAAGUUUUGAACGCAUGAAAUCAAAUUUGCGUGAGGUUAUCACCGAUGUUUGUCAAUUUCUAAACAAAACCAUAGAUGAAAAGACCAUGGCAGUAAUGCUUAAACAUUUGUCAUUUGAGGAAAUGAAAACGAAUCCCAAGACCAAUCAUUUGUGGGAAUUUGAACAAAUUCAAAAGACCUUUAAUGGUUCUAAAACUACAGAUUUCAAUUUCGUUCGUAAAGGAAAGGUGAAUGGAUAUCGUGAAGAGUUAACUGAAGAAACGAUCAAAAGACUGGAUAAAUGGUUGGAUGAACAUUUAGAAAGUUAUAAUGUAACCCUAAGUGAUUUGCUACUAUUAUUUGGCAAUAGCAUAACAUAGAAUAGUUUAAAGAAAUGAAUCUAAUAAUAAAUCUGUGUUUUUGAGAUGUGUCACUAA